AUGGCUCCAAUAUAUGUCAAAUAUGCACUGAGUUAUCCCUCUCUUUUUGUCCCUCUAAAUGUAAUCGUGAAAAAAUCUUUUUUUCAGCAUUUUUGUGGAGGAUCUACUAAUGAGGAAAUCUCGCGAACCACUAAGCGAUUGUCAGAAAAUGGAGUAGGAAGUAUCUUGGAUCCAGCAAUGGAAGAAGAUCUCAAAGAAAUUGACUUAUUUCCGGAGGAUAGGAUCCUCCCACAGCUUAGCAACUCUGCCUCAUCUAUCUUUGAUGCAGACGUAAUGAACCAAAGAAAAAUGGUCAUUCAAAACUUGAUUAAUGCUGCCGCCAUACCGGCUACGCAGCUGUCUGCUGGAAGCAAUUCUGAUAUGACUAAAUUUGUCGCCCUUAAGCUAACAUGUAUGGUUCCAACGGGGCUUUUAUAUUUGUUAACCUCAUCUCUGGAUUUUCUGAUCUCAAAAUUGGAAGGAAAUGAUGGUGUGAAAUCGCUACACGACUUUGGAAUUAAAUUGCCCAAUCAAAGUGGAGACCAUCAGACAAUUGCAGAGCUAAAAAAGGAAAUCACUAAAAUCCAACGCAAAUAUCCGAACAUGUCGGCGCGCAAUUUAGUGUUUUCCGCUUUGCAUCCCGAACUUGUUCUCAAAUUUUAUUCAGAAAUUUACCUCCCUAUCCACGGACAUGCAAAAGUUAUGAACGAAUCCGAUUAUAAGAAUCUGCAGCAAUCCCUAAUCAACAGUAUGGCCUUCUGCAGGGAUAUAUUUGAAUUUGCUGCGAAAAAGUCUAUCUCAAUCAUGGUUGAUGCUGAGCAAACUUACUUCCAAACAGCCAUUCAUUACCUGACUUUUGUGAUUGCCAAGGAGGCCCCCUUACUGCGAGACAAGCCUGUUCUUUUUGGAACUUAUCAAAUGUAUCUCAAAAAUGGAUUUACUUCCCUUCAGCAAGACCACCAGCUGUAUUAUAUGUACAAAUUGCCGUUUGCCCUUAAGGUUGUUCGUGGGGCGUAUAUGCAAUCCGAAUCUGCGCGAGCAUUGAGCUUCGGAUUAUCCUCUCCCAUUAACGAUUCGAUCUCCAAGACGCAUGAAGAUUAUUCUAAGGCCAUCGACCUGCUUUUGAAUGCUAUUCAAAAUAAUGGCGAAAGCACGGCGGCCUUUUUUGCAACCCACAAUGUCGAGAGCAUUGAAAAAAUUCUUUCCCAGGUUGAUCCAGAAGCCCAAGGAAAUAAAGUAAUGAUUGGCCAGCUCCUUGGAAUGGCCGAUCAUUUAACAUUUUCUAUUGCAAAUUCCGAUUUGGCAAUUCCUUAUAAAUAUGUGCCUGUGGGUACUGUAGAAGAAGUGUUGCCGUAUCUACUUCGAAGAGCACAAGAGAAUUCAUCCCUAUUCGGAAGGGCGACAGAUGAACGCAACCAAAUAAAAACGGUUAUCUCGGAGAGGAUUAAGAAUCUUUUGUCUUCUCCAUUUUUGAAAACAACGGUCUCUGGUAACACCACGUGA